ACAGUUCGCGUGCGAUUUGCGUCCUAGAGUAGCAGGAUUAUUUUGUUAAAAAAUAAAUAAAAUACGAAACUGUUUCACAAUUAAAAAUACAAAUGAAUUUUCGCAUAAUGUGCUCUGUUUUAUUAAGAUAAUAUAUGCGUAUAUAUUAUCGUCAGAAUAGUCACAAUGACCCUUGAGUUCGCGGCUGCAAUUACGGGCGCAUCGUGAUAUUACCCAAUAUGGAAAAGAAAUUACAAACAAUCUAGUAGUUGGCGUUGUUUAUUAUUUAUAUUCGACACACGUGAAACUCGAAGAUUUGUGUUCAACGGAGUUAUAGUUUGAAAUAUUUUAGAAUGGUAAUUUUAGAGUCAUUGAACCUGCGUGUGGCGUGGUGACUGUUGUGAGUCGUGUUUCGGAAAUAUGUAAAUAAACAUGAACGAUAUAAGCUUAAAAAUAGUGGAAUCUCCAAAAAGCCAAGCGGGCAUUCCUGUGUCUCCUUCUACAUUGGCGAUCGGUGAGAAUGAAGUGGACCCAUUAGCGAUAGACGAUGAAGUGGGCGCGAUAAAAGACCCACUGGUCGAGGAGCCGGCGGUCGAGACACCCAACGAAGAAAAGGCGGGAAACUGUGAUGAAAAUGCCAAAGAAAAGAGUUUAGAAGAGAAACCAUUUGUGGAUGGUGACAAAACGAAUGUGGUGCAGAAGGAUGAAACAAGUGAUGAAACUCAAUCAAGAGAGAGUCCAUCUGUCCUAUUAACCAGUGGUACCGUAGAUGCCGCAGUGAAGGACGAUGUGGUAGUGGAAGAGGUGCCCAAGACUGCCCCCGUACAGACGGAGGAGGCGGUGAAGCCCUCGCCAGUUGAGGAACCUGUAAAAGAGUCCGUAGUGAUUGCACAAGUCAAGGAGCCAAGUCCCGUGAAAGAGAAGCCGGUGGAAGAGGCCAAGGUUCAACCCACGACGCCUAAUGUGGAUAUGAUCCAGGCGCCUCCUGCUGAAGAGAAAAUUGAACCCCCUGUAGAAUCCAAACGCAAACCUCCACCUAUGAAUGGUGACAUUAGUAAGGAUGAACAAGGCAUAAAGCGGAGGUGUAGCGAGGAAGUGGAGACGGAAUCUCCUCUAAAAAGGCUCUGUCAAGAAGUGGAGAAGACGUUCCCCCAGCAUGACACAAUGAUCAACGACUACAUACAGACGGCGACAAAAAACAACAUAGAUGAAAUACAGAGGCACAUGGAACAACUGCUCUCAGAGAUACAGACUCUGAGAGAAUUAGCGCAGAAGAAGGAACACGAGUGGAACAAUAUACUGCACUUGAAGAAGGUCAAAGAAGAGAUACUGCUGAGGCUGUUAAGGCGGAAACAGGUGCUGUCCUUCGAGAAGUCGGCAGAAGUCAACGGGUCGGACAGAACAGAUCCGUUCGACUUCCUAAACCAGCCGAAGAACUUGGCGAUAGAUAAAAGUGACGAGAUCUCUGGGCUGUCGUUGAAACAGCCAGGGUCUACCAUCACCCCUAUAAUCCAACCCCCAGUAUUACCCGUAACCUCCCACUUCAACCCUUUAGCAGGGCUCCCGCCUCCGUACGAUAAGGCGUCACAUAUGCAAAAUAUGCCGAAGCCAGUGUUUCCACAGCCCAUGAUGAUGCCGGGUCCUCUACCAGGGUUCCCCAGGGAUAUGAACGGGCAGCUACCGACGAGCUUCGGUCUGCCGAUGGGUAGGCAGGGACCGACAAAGGACGUUAAGUCUAUCAUAGCUGAUUACAGACAGAGGAACCCCGAAGUAACUCCCAGACGAGGAAGGAGGAUGAAGUCCAUACUGAAUCCAAACAUGAUGAACACACCAAGACCCAUAGCGCCCAAAGUUGAUAACAUGAACAAUAUGAACAACAUAAACAUGUUUUACAACAAUUUGGACAUGAACCAGAAGACUCUCCUAGAAAGAUUAAUAGUGAAAGCCGGCGGUCUCCCCAACGGUCCCUCGUUCAAAGACGUUCUCAUACAAUUCGCAAACAUGCAGCAGACGAACAACCUCCUACCGAACAGGCCAGUAGAGACCAUCACCAACCGACCAGAGCACCACGUCAGGCCAGAGAGAAGGCAGAGGCAAGAGAGGAGCGAGGAGAUCCACAAAGCCGAGAGGAUAGCGGCUUCCAGUCCGCGGCUUCCCCCGCCUCCGCCGUACCCGGAGAUAUCCCUGCUGCCGGUCACAACGAGUCAGGACACUUCACAGCAGAAUUCGCUGCUGCACGGGAUAUUGACCAAGCAGGCGUCCCCUGCGUCUCAGAGUUACUCGCCGACGUUGGCAAAACUGCUCACUUCGCCGGAAAGGAAACAGACAGCCCAGUUGCCAACAUUCGGUCAGGCCAAGAACUGCGGCGAGAUAACGAUAACGCCGGUGCAGCCGACGCCGCCGCCCGAGCCGCAGCCGGAGAAGACCGAGGAGGUGGUGCAAUUGGAUGACGAAGAAAGCCCAGCGUCCGAGGGCGAGGCGUCCGGCUCUCCCGCCGGCUCCGGCUCGGGCCGCCUCGUCAUCGACGAGGGCGGCGCGGCGGGCGGCGGGGGCGGCGCGGGGGGCGCGGGCGGCGCCGACGACGCGCCCGACGCCGAGCGCGACUCGGCCGGCUCGGGCGACGCGGGCGAGCCGGGCGACGGCGGCGCGGACGCCGACGCGGGCGACGCGCCGCUGUGCCAGGGCUGUCGCCGGAGGGACGCGCAGUUCGUCUGCGCCGGCUGCGCCAACCAGUGGUACUGCAGCAGGGACUGCCAGGUGGCAGCAUGGGACGAACACUCAGAAAUGUGUUCCGGCUAAACCGUACGCACGACCGUUGUACUGUAAGUGUUGACGAAUAUAUGUAUAAUUUAUGAUCACUGUAUAUGUAUGUGUGGAAACGCGCUGCCGUACGUACCUAUGUACCGUUCUAAUAACACCAUCAUCGGCUAGUUAGUGUAGUGAUAAGUUUACCCACCUAGGUUCGUGAUUAGUUAGUUAUCGACCACUGAGACCCACUUUUCGAUGGAGCGGGAGGGAGGAUGGGGGGGGGGGGGGGUAUGGGCCGUAAUUUCGUGGUCAUACCGAUAGUUUUCUAUCGGUAAGUGUAUAGUCAAAAGUAUGUAGUUGUGUAAGGUAAUGACAUUCAAAAUUUUGCUGUUUCUGAUGACAUUGUCACUCAAUAUCGUGUCAUUGGCCGUGUUUGACGUGACGCACGAUGUCACAGCGUCGUCGGCACAAAUGCUGGACUAAUCGCUGAUUGCAAUCGAUCCCAAUCUCUUUUUUGAUCGCUCGUUAAAAUUGACCAAUCAGAAUAAAUAUAUUUGACAAGCUUUCGAAUGAUAUUAGUUGAUUGGUAUAUUCUCGGGAUCGGGACGAAGAUUGUAUCUUCUGUCCGAUCCGAAUCAACCAAUCAAAAUAAGUCAUUUGUAAGCAUGGCAAAAAAUCUUUGUUAUGGUUGCUCCAUUAGUACGAUGGUUUGAAAAAAGCGAUUGUCUAUUGAAAACUGCUGUUAGCACGCGAUAUCGCUGAAAGUUUGCGUCUUAACGCGCAAUUGGUUGCUAUCCUCGCUUUUCCUAUUAGAUAUGUGUAAAUUAUAUUGUAAAAAAAAGAAACCAAAAAUUAAUAAUGGCGGAGUAGAAUCUAUAUAGAUAUAUAUGGAAGUGAAUUUCCACACAAGAGUGCGUCUCAAAGUAAAUAUAACUAUUGUAGUGUCACCGGGGACAAUUCUGAAGUCGGCAAACUGUAAACUGACUAAAUAUUGAUGUUAUAAAAAGCAGUAUAGUGAGCGGCGAUAGCCUGGUUGGGUGUGGAACGGACUGCUGAGACGAAUGUUCGCAGGUUCAAAAUCCAAGGGCAUAUCCCUCUGAAUUCUCUAAAAUGAUGUGUGUAUUCUUUGUGAAUUAUCACUUGCUUUAACGGUGAUGAAACCUGCAUAAACUUUAGAAGUUCUCUUUUGUAAUUUUGAAGGUGUGUGAAGUCUAUCAAUCCGCACUAGGCCAGCGUGGUGGACUAAGGCGUAAUCCCUCUCAGUAGUAAAGCAGGCCCGUGUCUAGCAGUGGGACAGUAUAAUGAAAAAAUAACGAGAGUAAUAACGCAAUUUAAUCUAUUAUUUUAUAAUAUGAAAGUAUUUCGGAUAAUGGUAUGCAUCAUCGUAAAACCAUUUGUUUUUUUAUGAGUCGCGCCAAUCCUAAUGAACUGAAUUUAGUCAAUUCACACGCCCUCACAUUUGUGGCUGACUUCAGGCCAUACAUCAAACUUAGAUGUGGUCUCCGUAAUAGUCCUUGAGAAUAGACUGCCCACUACUGCCGGAAGAAAGAGUUUUGACCAGUGAACACUCUCGUAGAUAUGAAACGUCUAUGUUGGCAAUACUUGUUAGUUUUCUUUUUCGUAGUACAGAACUCAUCCACAUUUGCAGCCACCGGUCAAAAUUCUAGCACAAUAUACCAUCUCGAGUUAUUAUCGUUUUGUCUCUUAUAUCAUUUGGUCUGUAUUUACUUGACAACUGCAUAAAAAUAUACAGUCUAUUUUCUAUGUAUAUGUUCCUCUCAAUGUAAAAUUCCAGAGAUCGCUCGUGCCUAACUUCAUGCCAUACAUGCUGCAGUUAUAUUGACAACUUCACGUCGGUGCGUGGUUUGUGUUAGACUUCAGCAUUGUCUCCUUUAUUGCCUUAUAUAUUAUAUAAAUUAUGUGGUUAUAGUAUAGGCGAAUCUCUAUAUGACUUAUUAGUGUCGUGUGAUAUAAGGUUUACGUGCUUUUUUUUUUAUGAAGCGUCCUUUUUCACUGUAUUGUGCAGGUUUGAAGAGUAACUCUAUUUUUAACCGGCUUCUAAAAAGGAUGUGCGUUUAAUUGCAUGUCUUUUUUUAUGUCUGUACCGAUUAUUCUGAGAUUUGUGGGCCGAUUUGCAUGAUUCCUUUUUAUUUGGUAAAGGGUUUGCUGGUGGUUCCGGGUGGAUAUAUUUUAUAUCCGCCCGGAUAGCGACCACUCUACACAAGGUGUUAAAACCCGCCGUAGUAGCCCACGUAAUUGCCGCGUUCCGGCAUCAGCCUGUUUAUAUCCAUUUCCAACAGGCCGGCAUAAUUGUGUCGACUGCCGAGGGGUAAUCAUCUCUCGUCGGUCGACAUUCUAUUGGACCUCACUCCACUUACUAUUACGUUCAAUGGCGUCACGUUGUCAUGCCCUUAUGAAAAAAGUAAGAUCGCGAAUCGGUCACAUUACAAUAAUAUCUUUGUUUUCAUUUAAUAAAUAAUAAUAAUAUUAGUUUUAUUCGUUGAAUUUCAAUACAAAGAACAGAAAAAAACAUAGUACUUGCGAUUCAAAGAAAAAACUUCUAUUUCUCGGUAACUGCUAAAGCGCCUUGCUGAUAGCUUGAUAAUAUUUAUUACAAAAUGUUAAGUUGUUACCUAGAAAUACGAGUGUGGAAUUUAACUCGUGGUCUUAUAAAAAGGAUUUUGCGAAUAUUCACGUAAAAAAAUAUCUAUAAUUGAAUGAGGAAUAAGUUUCACAAGAUCCAGUUACUCUUCGAACCCUCUAAGAAUGUAAAAGCCUGUUUUGAAAUGUAUUAAAGCCAAAAGGACAACAUUUUUCCAAAUAUCGCCAUUUAAAAAUCUCCAUAAUAAAUGAAAUUUCUUGAAAUUUUUUCCUAAAAAUUAGUGAGAUAUGGCAAAGAGCAUAUUUUUUUUUCGUUGGAGCUAAAUUUAAGCUAAGUAUAUCGAUUUCGGGCCGUGUGUAUAUUUUAUUUUAUUACUCGGCGACUGUGCUGGUAGGUGUUGAUUUUUAUACACCGUGACGUCACUUAUUAUGUGGUUAAAUUGGUUUAAUGAAAUCACUUUGGUCUUUUGCGAUCGAGUUAAAUUAAUUAAUAUUCUUGUAUUAAAAUAUCAGGAAUAUAUUUUACAUAAUGGUCGAUAGUUCUAUAAAUUGAGUAAUGUUAUUUCGAAUUACGAGCUUGAUCGCGUUCAAGUAUUAUGUAUCGCAGUUUAGUGGGAGAGGGGCUCUUGUAAAACGUUAUGACGCGUUACAUAAAUGGGGGGUGGGUUCGGACAACACGUUACGUAAUAUUGUUUUUUAUUUUAUAAAAAAAAAUAGUGAAUUAAAAUCUCCCUAAUUUGGCAAUACUUUUCGUUUAUGAUUUAAGGGGAAUUUCUCGAUUUUAAUGUAUGUGAUUUUUAUUUUGUGCUUAGUUGGCAACUCUUUUAAUUUGUUUCAGUGAUUAAAACAACUAAGGUAUUUUAGCGACUUUCCGGUACUUUGCGUACUAUAAUUAUGAUUUUUCGAUAGAUACAAAUGGUCACAUGAGUGUUACGUAAAGUUUAUGAAAAAUGGGGGGGGGGGUACAAAAACGUUACGGCGCGUUAUUGGGGGGAAGGAGGGUCAACAAUUGCAUUACGUUAUAUUUGAACGCUCCCUUUAUCAGAUCAGAUUAAGUUUGCGAGUCAAUUUUAUAGAUAUAAAAGUUGUCAAAAUGCAUUGCGAAUACCUAGGCUAAUGUAUUUUGGAAAUUUAGAUCGGCUGAUUAUUAUGAUAAAGUAGUGUUUUUUUGAAAAUUUGCGAAGAAAAUUGAUACGAAAGUUUCAGCUCUCGCUUGCGACUACUUCAAUGACUGACUAUACUUAUUUAUCAGAGUAUUAAAACGAAAUAGUUCGACAUGUAAAAAUGUUCUGAGAUAACGUUAUUUGCUUCAUAUAAUUAUUAUAUAAUCCAUAGUGAGAAUAAAUCAUAUAUAAAGUGACGUCACGUGAUAAAAUUUUAUUCAAAAUUAAUCUGUAAAAAGUUGUUGCAAAAAUAUGUCUCCAAGUUCUCUUUGAUGUUAAUGGACAUCGUUACAAGACUGACUUCAUUCAAUACGUUAUCAGUUCCUUUUUUUUAACUGGAGUAUUAUAACACCGAAUCUUUUUCUUUUUGACGUAUUUUUCUGUCAAUUUAUAACAAAACAGAUUAUUUUUGAAUAAAAAAUAAUAUACUUUUAUGUAUAUUAAAAUCAUCUUUGCAUUAAAAAAAAUUUUAAUAGUGCACUCCAAAUAACUAUCAAUUUGCACACUGUUAAAUAGAUCUAUGAAAACUAAAAAGAGAAAGCUGCAUGGUGUUGCUCCUUUGUUUUCCAAGACCCAGCAAUAAUUUAAAAAAUAUCUGCUAAAUAAAUUCCGUACAAUUCAUCACUGCCUCUGUAGGAAUUGUUGCUGUAUGAAAAAAAAAUAUUGAUUAUUGUAUUCAUAAUCGAUACAAAUCGAUUACUAACAACCAUAAUUGUCACAAAAACACCAGCAUUCACUUACAUCGAAGUUUGGUAUAUUUAGUGAAUACUUGCUCGUGUUCUUUCUAAUGAUCAUAAGCAUAAUGUUCCCAAAUCAAGUGAUAUUGGCUGUUUUUUUAGUGUUCCAAGCUCAACGGAACAUUUUAAAUUUAUGAUUAUAAUGAGAAAUGUUUAAAUUCUUCCUUUGCCUUAUUAGGUUAUAAAUUUUCCGUUGACGCUAUAUAUAAGACUAUGCUAAUUGAUUUCGAUUGUUCAUGACUGGGUAAACGACUACAAUUAGUAAAUAAGUAAAAUAUGGCCACUAAUAUUUUAAGUCUUGACACAUGUGUAUUUUAAAUUUUUUUAUUUCUUGCCUAUUUUUGAUUGAUAAUUACCAUUUACAAUGCUUUCACGUAUGUUAAAAUAAUAUGGAAUAUUAAAGCUGAAUGAUAUGACUUCCUUUGUCCAGUCAUAACAAUCGAAUAAUGUUAUAUUUAACAGAAUACAUUGUGUGAAUGGAAAUGUAGUGCGUUCUGAAUUAUACAAUAGUAUUUUUGCGACCUCAUUUUAUAUGAAUAUCAAAAAUAAGUUGAUAAUUAUUUUUUUUAUUUGAUUAAGUCAAAAUUAUGACUCAAUAUUGUGGACACUUUUUUUUCUUUUUUCCUUGUUUUUUUUUUACGGUAUAAUUCAGAGUUAGAGGUCGUAUGUGUCUAUAAAUAAACGCAGAACUACAACGUAAGUUAGUGAUUAGUGUGAACCGUGUAAUUAAUAUGGAAAUAAUAUUUUUACUUAUAUCACGCAUAUAAUCAGAAUGAAAAUCGAUUUAUUUUAUUAUAAUAGAAUCACAACUGUGUUUCAACCACGUGAAUGUGUGACCACAUAUUUUUAUCGCAAAAGAACCAAAUAUUUUCAUUUUUAUGUACUUACAUUUAAAACAACCCUGUGUUCGUUAUUUUUUUUAUUGUGUCUUAAAAAAAUUGGCCGCCCUAUCGUUUAUCAAACAAUAUCAGAUAUUUUCUAAUGAACAAAACACUUCUUUUCUUUUUUUUUCUAUUGUUUACUAUUCUCGUGGUCGAAAUACAGUGAAAUAAUUAUUAAAUGACUAUACAAUAAUACAUUAGAUUUAUUUUUACAAUAACGGAACUAAAUAAGUAUUAUUAAUGUUCGAUAAUCUGAUUCCUCUUCACCACGCCCGCAGUGCCAAAAUGUCAAAGAAAUAAUUCCUUUUUUAUAUUUUUAAGUACCUUUUACUUUAAGAUGCCCUUAAAAAUAAGUUUUAUUUAAUUCAAAAUUAAUGCAAUUUUUCUUCACUAUUUUCGUCUUUUCACUUUUGUUGUCAUUUUAUUUAUUGUUUUUUAUUUCCCUAGACACAUAUAACGAACAAAUUGCAAGUAACGUUCCAUACAUAAAUAUAUAAAUCAUAUUUUCUUCUCAAAUUAUGAUCUUAUUCCAAAAUUAAAAAAUAAAAACCUCAACGGUUGAAAAGAAGAAUUGUAACUUCUAUUUUGGUGGCUAUACCCAUGAGCCAAAGUUGCCAUUAUUUUGUAUUAAUUUAAAAUUGUUUUUCGAAAGUUAAAAAAUUGAAAAAAAAGCACUCGUGUAAACACCUUCAAAGUUUGUUACAUAAAAGUCAAUUUUAGGCUUCGACGUGACUUAGUAAAAUUUGGCAUCUUUUGCAAUUGGGCUUACAAUUAACGUGCUCUUUAGACAAACAUGUUUUGUGUUCAUUAUAUUUAAUAAACUUUGUACCGCUGCUUUACCUGUAAGUAUGCGAAAUGUAAAAUAUCUUGUGCAGAAAAUAGCGAGGAUUUUGGGAUGUUCGAUAGGUAAUGUAAGCAAAUGUAAAAAUCGAGGCAUCUGUAACGGUAGGCAUCUUUAAUAUUGUCACAAACAAAAGCCAUAGCUGUUUAUUAUCUUUUUUUUUUAUUUUUAAACGAUAUUUGACUGUAAGGAAUGUCCUUGGGAUGAAAAAAGUAUUGAUGAAAUUAUCAAGAAUUAUUAGUGUACCGUAAAAAAUAUACCACAAUUAAAAAUUAAAUUGCAUCUAAAUAAGAUUCCCUUCAAAACUUUUGUCUUGUUUCAAUACUUGAUUUCUCCCAUUGUGAUGUAAAAAACAUGUUUUGAUUGAACUGUAUUUAAAUGUGAUUUGUUGAGGCAUCGUUUGUCCACGGACUACCUUCAAUAAAUACCGAAAGACCAGCGCAGACUAUAGAAUAUUGGCAUAAUAAUUGAAACUAAAUCCUUGCAGUUUGAUAUUAUGAAAGUUACCACACUGAGCUGUUUAAAGCAGUACGCAGGUUUUUAUAGUUGUAAUAUCAGUCAUAUGUAAAAUUACAUAAGAUCAAAUUUUAGUUGUAGCAUUCGUUAUUAUUUUAUCGUAGACAAACCAUCGGUAAUAAAUUUGCACUGUAGAAAUGUAAGCACCAACCAAAAAAUUGGCGCAUCUAAGUGCAAUCUUAACGAACCAGAAAAUUUUGGUCCUUCGAAGCAGCAUUCCUGUUGAGAACAAAAGUUUGUAACGCGGUAUUUGUUGACGGUGGUCUAGGGUUUGGUUCCCGGCGUGCGUUCUGUCACUCGAACUGUAUUUUUGUCUCCAUAACGCUAGUCACGAGUUUUGUUACCUAUAACAUAUGUAUUUUAUAACUUAUAAUAUGUUAUUAUAAGGAAUGUAAUAAAUCUGUCUUUCAACUUA